AUGCCUGCCUUCAACAGAUUGCUUCCCUUAGCUUCUCUAAUGCUCAUCUACUGGGUCAGAGUCUGCUUCCCUGUGUGUGUGGAAGUACCCUCGGAGACAGAAGCCGUGCAGGGCAAUCCCAUGAAGCUGAGAUGCAUCUCCUGCAUGAAAAGGGAGGAGGUGGAGGCCACCACGGUGGUGGAAUGGUUCUACAGGCCUGAGGGCGGUAAAGAUUUCCUUAUAUAUGAGUAUCGAAAUGGCCACCAGGAGGUGGAGAGCCCCUUCCAAGGUCGUCUGCAGUGGAACGGGAGCAAAGACCUGCAGGAUGUAUCCAUCACAGUUCUCAAUGUCACUCUGAAUGACUCUGGCCUCUACACAUGCAACGUGUCCAGGGAGUUUGAAUUUGAGGCACACAGGCCUUUUGUGAAGACCACGAGACUGAUACCCCUGCGAGUCACUGAAGAGGCGGGAGAAGACUUCACCUCGGUGGUCUCGGAAAUCAUGAUGUACAUCCUCCUGGUCUUCCUCACCCUGUGGCUGUUUAUUGAGAUGAUCUAUUGCUACAGAAAGGUCUCUAAGGCCGAAGAGGCAGCCCAGGAAAAUGCGUCUGACUACCUUGCUAUCCCUUCAGAGAACAAGGAGAACUCUGUGGUACCUGUGGAGGAAUAAUGUGGUGACUUGAGGUGAUGUACAGGCAUUUGGGAGGGUAAGGUGGAUGUGGAUGGCAUGUCAUACAAAUGUUGUUUGGCGUCUACAA